GAUGUGGAAGAGAGCGAGGAGGAUGACGAGACAUCACAGCUGCAGACGUUGUUUGGGCGAAAGGUAGGUCAGAGAGACCUCUUCGCCGAUGAUCAUGUGGAGCAGGAACAGCUCGAUGAUGCAACAUCCGUCGUGGAACGGAAACGGGCGCAAAAUCUAGAGUCGCACGACCCCAUGUUGAAUCUGCUUGCGAGGGCUAUCUCCAAGCAGAAAUGGCCCGCCAAAGACGGAGCAGGCGACCAACUACCAGGUCACACCCACGGGAAGAGGAUUCUGGAGGCCGAUGAUCCGGACGCCAUUGCUACGCGCACUCGUCAGCGGAAGCGCAGUGCCAACGCGAGCGUCGACGAGCACGGCUCUAGUGACAUCGACGAACGUCCGGCCAAACGUCAAAUGAAAAUCUCUGCUCCACAGUUCAAUCGCGCAUCGGGCUCUCGCGGCACCAAGCGCGGAGCUUCAGACAACGACAGCUCUGACGGUCCUUUCAAACCGCCAGCGAAACGCGUCCGGACGUUGCGCACCGCUGCACCGGCGAGCCAGUUGCACGUUGCGCCAGCCGCGUCGGGAUCUCGCACCAGAGGCCCUCGUCCCGCAUCGAAGCCUUCAUCGCGGACUCGCAAGGCUGAUAUAUCCAUGCCACCUCCCCUUGUACCGGCUCCCAGUCGUGGCAGCGCGAAUGCUCCGGUCGCGUCUGGCUCUCGUCCGAGUCGCUCGCGCGCCGCCCAAGACCAAUCAUCUACCGAGGAGGCUGCUGAUGGGGCCAUCGUUGGCACAAGGAGGUCCGGGCGAUUGUCAGCGAAGGACAAGGGUAAGGCGCGGGCAUACUAG